GAUUAAAAUUUGACCUGUAUUCACCGAAAUGUUAUCAGUUGUGUUUAAAUCAUGAUCUAAAUAUAGAAUUCGUCAAGAUAAUUGUUUAAACAUAGAUAUGAAAAACCCCAUCAACAUAGUUGGGAGAAUAGAGGUACAUCGGAGCUCUGGUUACCAAACUGGGAGGUGCCCUGACAUAUAUUUACGAUGAGUGUUCAUCCUUUGUCAGAAAGCACCAGGUACCAGAGAUGGAUGGGGGACCUGCCCGUCCCCCUCACACAGGUACCACUGUCGUGUCUCGCUAUUCCAGGGAGCCACGACUCGGGUGCCUAUGGACUUGACAAGUCGGCAGGGGUGUCCGUAGACGCUUCGAAAUCAGUUAAACUUCUUGGGUCACUGUGUUGUGGAGCCGGACUAUCAGUGGUCAGUCGAUGGUCAGUUACUCAAGAUCUUACGCUCGGACAACAGCUUCAGGCUGGGAUCCGAUACUUCGACCUUCGUGUAUGCAUCAAACCGGGAACAGCUGACGCCCAUUUCUUACACGGACUGUAUGGUUCAAACAUCCUUACUGCUUUAAGCGAGGUCAACGAAUUCUUGAGCAAAAACAUAAAAGAGUUCCUUAUUUUGGAUUUUAAUCAUUUUUAUAACAUGGAUGCUAUCUGUCAUAAACAGUUAUUGACAGGUCUGAAGCAUUUGUUUGGUGCCUCACUUAUACCUGUGGAUGUCAGUAUGUCACCUUGGCAGAUGACCUUGGAAAACAUCUGGAAAACUCAGAUGCGCGUCCUUAUAUUUUACAAUGACGAAUCAAGUGCAAAUAUGAAAGAAUUCUGGCCAAAUUUUUCCAUUCCGUCCCCCUGGCCGAACACUGAUGACCCCCGGGUUCUGGUAGAGUUUCUAGAAAAGAAUUACACGGGUAAAAACCGUAACAACAACGGGGACUUUUACGUAUGGCAAGGGGUUCUCACUCCCGGGGCAAAGGUCAUCAUGGCCAACCUUUGGGGAAGUCUGAGGGACAGUCUUGUUCCCCGGGCGUCGCGGGCCUUUUUAGAGUGGGUGGCGGGUAAGGAGCCCAGCCCCCAGGGUAUCAACAUCUGUCUCGGAGACUUCGUUCAUCUUCACGAUUUUAUCCCUUCCGUUCUGAGAUUGAACGACAACAUACAACCCUGAAAUGAAUUAAAAGAAGCUGUACAUAAAACGCAGGAAGGAAGUAUCUGUCUACCUGUUCGUCAACCUGUUCACACCUUUAUAUUAUAAAAGUGCAAAAACUGUAUAUAUAUACCCGUAUCUAACCUUUAUAUGUAUACAUGUACAAAC